AUGGCUUCAUCCAGCAGUCUCCUGUCUGAAGAGCAGUUCCUGUGCUCGAUCUGCCUGGAUGUGUUCAAAGAGCCAGUAUCCACUUCAUGUGGACACAACUUCUGCAUUGCCUGUGUCACAAAGUAUUGGGAUAGCAAUGACCUGUGUCAAUGUCCACUGUGUAAGGAGACAUUCUACACACGACCAGAGCUUCGUGUCAACACAGCGUUCAGAGAGGUUGUAGAACAUUUUAAAAGGAUGACAGACGAAGGUAAAGAUUGCCCUGCCAAUCCCGGAAAAGUGGCCUGUGAUGUCUGCACUGGGACAAGGCUCAAGGCCCUUGCAAAGAGAGUGAUAGCAGACAGCAUGCAGGUAUUCACUGCUCUGGUUCGAUCCAUUGAGAAAAGCCAGGUUGAGGUCAGUGAUGUGAUUGAGAAGAAGCAGAAAGCAGCUGAGAGGCAGGCUGAAGGGCUCAUUAAAGAGCUGGAGCAUGAAAUCACUGAGCUGAAGAGGAGAAGCACUGAGCUGGAGCAACUCUCUCACACUGAGGACCACCUCCAACUUCUCCAGAGCUUCACAUCUCUAGUGUGCACCCCUCCAUCCACCAAGGACUGGUCUGAGAUCAGUGUUCACAGUGAUUUGUGUGUGGGGACUGUGAGGACAGCUGUGUCUCAGCUGGAGGAAAUGCUGAAUAAAGAGAUGGAGAAGCUGUUGCCUGAAGUCAAACUGAAGAGGAUUCAGCAGUAUGCGGGGGAUGUGACUCUGGACCCUGACACAGCACAUCCCAAUCUCAUCCUGUCUGAGGAUGGGAAACAAGUGAGAUGUGGAGAAACAGUACGGAAUCUACCGGACAAUCCAAAAAGGUUUGAUCGUUUUGCCAUUGUCCUUGGAAAGGAUUGCUUCUCCUCAGGGAGAUUUUACUAUGAGGUGAUGGUUAAGGGGAAGACUAAGUGGACUUUAGGAGUGGCCAGAGAGUCCAUAGACAGGAAGAGGAAUAUCUCACUGAGCCCUGAGGAUGGACUCUGGACCGUGUUGCUAAGGGAUGGAAAUGUGCACAAAGCCAGUACCUAUCCCCCUUUCCUCCUGUCCCUGAAAGAGAAGCCCCAGAAGGUGGGGGUGUUUGUGGACUAUGAGGAGGGUCAGGUCUCUUUUUAUGAUGUGGAGGCCAGGUCUCAUAUCUACUCUUUCACUGGCUGCACCUUUACUGAGAAACUAUAUCCAUUAUUCAGCCCCUGCAAUCAUGCUGGUGGUAAAAACCUAGCCCCUCUCAUCAUCUCUUCUGUCAACCACACAGACUGAUUAAACAAUGGAGUUUUCCACAAGUCAUUUGCAAUUUAUAUCUACAAAUCAUUACAUGUAUAAAUAUAUUUACAAAUAUAUUUAGUCAGGUUGACAUGUCAUAUGAUUAGAAUGUCCAUGGAAGUCCUUUGAAAUUGUAUUAUCAAAAAAAUGGAAACUGGUGUCACGUUCUGACCUUUAUUUCCUUUGUUUUGUCAUU